UCAGUCUGGUUACCUAGCAACAACUUGAGGCUUCACCACCAUUCCUCAUAACUGCUCAUAAAUAAUAAGAAAAAGAACAAUGUGGAGUGAAAGCUGAGGAUAAAGCAGAAGAGCCCAUGCCACCAGAAUGGCAGUUAUUUCAAAUAUUUGCAACAAAUAACUAAUCAAUAAUUAUCGAUGGACUGAUUCAAAACCCUUGGAUCGUGAUACGUUUUUCCAGACAUAUCGUCCAGCUCUACUUCAAACCUGAAACACUGUGCAAACAACCAGCCGAAAAACCUCAAACUGUGCAGAAUCCAACCUAAGCAUGGCCGUCAACAAACACCAUAGCUGAAGGUUAAGGGUCGUCCUCCUGCUGGAUGGUGAACCUUCCUGUCUGACCUGACAGUUGCCACGGACUUCUCCUCCAUUUUCAGAUGAUUAACUGAACAGGGCUCUGUGAGAUGUUUCCCUGCCCUGCUUUAAAAACUAUCACAUAAAUUAAAAGCCCCAGAACACACAGCGAGAUCUUGACGUUAUAACGCGACAAAAAUCCUGAAAUUACUCAAAAGUCACUGCGUUGGAAACGCGAUGACUAUUAAUCUGCGGGGGGGUUUUUUCUUUACUGAAGCUUUAAAGUUGCCAUGUGGGGGUCCAUCUGGUCGGGCCGGUAUGGACGGUGGGAGGCUUUGAUCUGCGGCCUGUGUCCGCCCGCUGGCUGCAACGAGCCGUUUCAUUGGGUUCAACAAAGCAGAGCGUGCCAGCAACUGUCAUUCGAGCCGCGAAGCCAAACCUCCCCACGUGCUCCAGAGCAGCAGAACAAAAACAGGCGAACCCACACCGCUGGACCUCGGACAGCGAGGGUCCGCACGGCCAUAAGGAGUCCAUUAUGCUCCCUGUGUGUCCCCGUCCCGGCCCCACGCUGCGGUGUCUGUAAAGGCCCGGCUCGGAACCGGCAGAGCUCUGGCACACGGUGCUCGGGACACGCCGCUAAAUCCCAUUAAGACUCUGUCCAGAGAGAGCCAGUUACUGUCAGUCAUCAUGAGGCCCUCCCCGCAGGAAGCCGCAGCACUUUUAAUUAACUCUAAAACCAAGAUGCACACUUCCAGACUGAUGAGCUUUUUAAUGUGUCACAACAACGAGGCUGCAACCUGCAGAGGUUUAAAAAAAAUAAAAUAAAAGCACGACAAGCUCCCAACUUCAUCGGUUAAUACAUUCGUGAACCAAACUUCACCUUUCAGUCCAAACUCUUGGGGAAGGGAUGGAUGAUGAAGUGGUACUCCUGAACCCAAUGAAUUAUUUAGUUCACUGUAACAGAUAUUUAUUUCUUUAAAUAUUUUGAUCAUUUAAAUCUAUAAAAACCAGACAAUAAAGUUUGUUUCACUUACACCAGAUAAUCACAAACACUGCAGAAAAAGAAAGCAAACUUUUCCUCUCUCAAAUUCUGAGAAUAAAUCUUGUCGUUUUGGAAAUCCUGUUGGGGUUAAUAAAACGAUUUGAAUUUACUAAAUCCGAGAUGACAGAAUUGCUCUCUUAUUUUAAGGCCUCAAAUUAACGUCUCACGACGUCCUUGUGUGACAUCGUAAAAAAAAAAGAAACAAACAAACAAAGAAGUCAGCCAAGGUAUCGGGAAGAGAACUGAGGGCCUCCUGAAAGUCUUGUAAAAUUUUCAGAUGCAUGAAAUUGUCACAUUCACCUGUACAUACAAGUAUAAACAGCCACACCCGAAGCUAAGAUGUAACAUUUUGUAAGGAGAAGCCAAACAAGGUGAGAUUGUCAUUAUCCACAAUAACAUUUUUUUUAAAAAGGCUCAUAUCAACAUGGGCUGAAAGGCCAAUCAAAGAGGAAGAAGCUGUUGCAUCAAAGGUUGGAUUGUUCGCUACGCGACUUCAAAACAAAAACAAUGCCAACACAAAGCCGCCAGUCUCAGCACCACGGCAAAGUACAGGCAGAGCUGAAAGGUUGUGUGUGAGCAGGACAGCUCUAACUCAGUUCAAGAAGUACUAUCAGGAGCAACGAGCAAAAACUUUUAGCAAACUAUUUAAAGAACCCGAUGGAAGAACGUGCAAAAUUCAAAAGAGCCACAUUGUUAAAGACUUCUAAAUUCGAAAGAAAUCUGAAAUAUCAACUCUCGUUUUAGCAUAUAGAAAUCAUUUUUGCUAUUCUAACUAAUGUUAAACAGGAAAGUUUAGUCUGAUUUAAUGUCACUGAGACUGUGGGGGGGGGGAGAAAGUGAUUCCACUUUCAUAAAUUUACUGAAAAAAAAUCAAUAUUAACAUCUGCACUACAAGCAUCCACAUUAAACGUGAUUUAAAAUGACAAAACUGGAAUAACUUUGGAAAUGUUGAAAGUAUAAAAUACUAAUCUCUCCUUUUUUACUAUCAUAAAAUAUGCUCCAUUUUAAAAGAGAGAAACAUGAAUCACUCCCUUGGUUUACUUUAACUAGUCAUUUCUAUUUUUCUUUCCUUUUAUAUUUAAUUCUAGGAUUUUCUUUUUUUUAUUCUCCAUUUUCAGAUAUUGUUUUUAUUUAUCCCGUUUCUGAAUUACUUCAUAAUUGUUUAUUCAGUAACUUCAUUGUCAAUUCAAUACGCAUUUAAUUCGUUAACUUAUUUUCCAAAUUUCCAUGCCAUUUUUAUGUUGUUUUUUUUAUAUUAUAGAAUUCAACUUUAUUCUCAUUGCACUGUCACAAGUACAAGCAACGAGAGGAGUUGUUGAUAAACUAUAUAAGAAAUAUCCAAAUGUGACAAAAAUAUUAAAUAAAUUUGUAGCAACUGUUGUGAACGGUCAGGCAAAAGAAACUUAUACAUACCAAAAAUAUUUCAACGAUCGGGCUGCACAGGUUCUAUCACCCUGAUUUAAAGGCAGUUUAAUAUUUACUCGAAACAGAUUCAAGGGCUGAAAUAUUCAGGAAAAGGAAAUAUCGCUUUUCUGGAAUAACUAGAGAAAUUGCAGCACAUUUUAUUUGAGUCUGUUUAUGAUUUAAAUGCAGGCAGCGAAAGGCCCUCCAAAAGCCGCUUGCAUGGUCCAAUAAGACGGGAUGUUUCCUCUCCUGCACCCUCCUCGGUCCACAACGCUCACUGACUCGCUUCUAAUCCCUUUUUGAUGAACUUGGUUAAUGGACCUCCUGCGGUGGCUUUGGCUCUGUUCAUUAGGCAGCACACGACCUUCUCCACGCCCCCGGAUUCACGCAAGCCGCGUCCCCCCCGUGUCUCUCGGGUCCAUAAAUUCCCGUCCCAGAGUUGGGGAAGUUUGAACUUGCGCUUCCGUCCCCGGCGCCGUCUGGUUCUGGUUCUGCUUCAGAGGAACAAGUGGAGACAUGCCGCCGCGUAAAAGCCUGUUUGCGCCCUUCAUCACCGCAACUCCGGAGGGCGGGGUCGGCCCCGCGGCCCCCGUGGAUCUCAGAGGGGACAUGCACGCCCUGCUGCAGCGGACCCGAGCGCAGGAGCAAGCCGAGGCGGCGCUCUCGAGAGACAGCCGUGACUUCUGCGAGGCGUCCCCGUGCGCCAUCGUGGAGCUCCGGCUGGGCCCCGCCCUGCACUACUUGCAGCCGGACAGGUGUGCUCUGGAGCGGGCGCAGAGGCGGCGGCGCCUGGCCGCCAACGCCCGGGAGAGGAGAAGGAUGCUCGGACUGAACGUGGCGUUCGACCGGCUGCGGAGCGUCAUCCCGAACCUGGAGAGCGAGAAGAAGCUGUCCAAAUCGGAGACUCUGCAGAUGGCCCAGAUUUACAUCAGCACCCUGACUGAGCUGCUGCAGGACGGGACCGGGACCUGCGGGCCUUCGGAACCGAACAGAGCUGGACCCGAGGGUGAGGUUCGGAACGCGGAGAGGAGCAGAUAACCGGAACGCGUGACAGAAACUGAGGGACAUUAAAAGACUCAAACUUUUUUUUUUUUUUUUACUGUUUUCUACUGAUUGUAAAUAAAUCCUGCAAUAAUGUUUCUCUGUUUUUAUAUUCACGUCAUUUAAGAGAUUUCAGAUUUUUUUUUCUCCCUCUUUUGACACAACAAUAUCCUCAAAAAAAAAAAAAAAAAAAGAAUUAGUGCCAAGUGAUAAUUCAGGACAUUGAGGAGGGGGAAAAAGCAGUCCGGCAGUUACUGAAAGUAGCAAUUUUUAUUAUUUUAAAAUUAUAUACAUGUAACCAAAGACACAAGUCUGCAAAUUGGUACAAAGAUCAAGUUUUCCUGCAGAAACUCUCUGUCCAUCCGUCCAAAACAACACAACUGGGCGAAAAAAAAAAAAAAAAGCUUCAGAAAAUGAAAAAUAGAGUCC